AAAUUCAUAAAGUAGGCUUGAACAGACAGCUGAAAAAAAAAGAAGACGAAAACUUAUUCAAAAUUUCCGUUGUGAUCGAACCGCGAGACAUGAUGUUGGCCGAUGAAUUUGAAACGAUGUGCAAGAAUUAUUUUGUAAAUUCCAUGACUCACGUCUGCUCGUCCCUCGUCCCGGAAUCGCUGACCAAGAAGUAUCGCAAUCGGCUGAUCAUUCCCAAGGAUCCCUACAGUAUCUUCAAGCUGAACAGCCGGAAUUCCAGCUAUCUCCUCGCCUUCCGCUUCCCGGAAAUGCGCAAUUGCCGAAAACUCUGGAUGUCGGAUUUGCGCAAUCUAAAUUGCGAGAUUAAAGGCGGCAAAAUGAAGAACUUCUUCUUCGCCAAUAGCUACCGCAAGUGCUACAACUUUGCCAUGGACCUAACCUCGGAGCUAAAGGCGCACUGCGGCGCCAAGAACAAUGAGGAGGAUACGCAGUCGGGCUACUACUACACGAACUUCGACGGGAAUCCGGUCAUUCAGACCAACUCAACUGCUUGUCUUUUGCUGGGAACUUCAACUCUGGUACUCUGCCUGAUCAUCUCGUUUCUAAUGUUCGCCAUUCUGCAAUGGAAGGCAUCUCGGCUGCGAGGCAGCAAGUCAGUCCAAGGCGGUCCAUGUGAAUCCUAGUCAAUCUCUUUUGAAAAUCUUCUGACAUGAGGAGUUAGUAUUCCUGGGAUAUGAAUGCCUUUAAGGCCUUGUGGAUGAGAUUUCAAAGUUCCGAUUACCACAGUCUUUAUCAAGGAUGUGCAGAUAUCAAUAUUCUUAAACUAUACAUUUGGCAAAAGGAAUUGUCUUCCAAAUCGAACAUGUCGUUCUGACACGCUUCGCUUGAGUUGUAAUUUGAAAUUUUGCGAGAUCUAGAAACAAUUUCUAUGUCAUCUGGAGAAAUCGCUUCCAAAUCAUCGGAAAAUUUCCAAUGACAGCUGAAAUAAAAAUUAUAUGUCUGUAAUUACU